AUGUGAAUAAACAUGAGGACCUUAAGUAUAUCAGUUCUAAGUUUGGCUUUAACAUCUAUAGUCGUCGCAAAUGCCUACUAUCAAAAGAAACAGUUUUACCCAUCUGUUGUGUAUAUCACAAAAUCAAAUCCCAGUAUGGCUGUAAUUUACAUUCAAGCCUUUAUUUGCGUUUGGAUUAGUGGCAAAAUAAUAAAGAAGAUAUUCUUUGGACAGCUUCGCACAACAGAGUUUGAGCAUUUAAUGGAAAGAUCAUGGUAUGCAAUAACUGAAACAUGUCUGGCAUUCACAGUCUUCAGAGAUGAUUUCAAUCCAAAAUUCGUAGCACUGUUCACUCUAUUGCUCUUCUUGAAGUCCUUUCACUGGUUAGCAGAAGAUAGAGUAGACUAUAUGGAACGAAGUCCAGUCAUCAGUUGGCUGUUCCACUCCAGAGUCCUCAGCUUGCUCCUGCUCCUGGGCUCCCUGGACCUCCACUUCAUCCAGCACGCCUACCUAUCCACCGUCUCCAAAGGCGCUUCAGUACAGCUAGUCUUCGGCUUCGAAUACGCCAUUUUGAUAACCGUCGUCAUCAACAUCGCCAUCAAAUACGGCCUGCAUUCGGUCGAUCUCAACAGCGAGACCCCCUGGGACAACAAGGCCGUCUUCUUGCUCUACACGGAGCUGGUCAUGGGCUUCAUCAAAGUCAUCCUUUAUGUGGCUUUCGUGGCCAUCAUGGUGCGGAUUUACACGCUGCCGUUGUUCGCGUUCCGGCCCAUGUACUACACCAUACGCAACUUCAAGAAGGCUUUUAGCGAUGUGAUUUUGUCGAGGAGGGCCAUACACAACAUGAACACUCUGUAUCCGGAUGCGACGCCGGAAGAGCUGCAAGCUGCGGAUAAUGUCUGCAUUAUUUGUAGGGAGGAGAUGACUACGGCGUCGAAGAAGCUGCCUUGCAACCAUAUUUUCCAUACUUCGUGUCUGCGGUCGUGGUUCCAGCGGCAGCAAACGUGUCCGACAUGCCGCCUGAACAUCCUGCGCAACCCGGCGACCGUGCCCCCUCAGAGACAGCGGCCGCCGAACCCGCCGAACCCCUUCGGCAACCCCUUCUUCGCCGGCCAGAACCCCUUCCAGAUGUUCAACCAGCCGAACGCGAACGGCGCAGAGCAGGCAGCGGCGCCCGGGGAGCAGGGCAGGCCGGCCGGAUUAGCUGGCGCCGAGAGGCAGGCCGCCCCUGCCACCACGCACCAGCCGCAGGCCGCGCACGCGCCGCCCCCCUUCCUCUUUCCCCCCUUUCCGUUCCUGCCGUUCCUGCCGCCGCCUCCGAUGCCGCCGCACAACCUGGCGGCGUUGUCGCCCGAGGAGCUGCUCCGAAUGGAGGGCAGCGAGCGAGAGAACGUCGAGGCUAGGAUACAGUGCUUGAGGAACAUUCAGAUGCUUCUCGACGCCGCAGUAGUAAUGAUGCAACAGUACAGCACCACCGCGAUACUGUCGGCGCAAAUGCCUGCCCCCCACGCGGCCCCCAACCCCUUCCCCGCCACCGGCCCCCCCGCGUCCGCCGACUCCCCCAAGGUGGCCAAGGUGGCUCCCACGACCAGCGGCAGCGCCCAGGCGGCUCCCACGACCGGCCACUCGGGCGCCAACUCGGGCGCCCAGGCGAGUUCGACGAUCGACAAGCCUGGCACCUCCAAGGAGGAGGAGGGGAGGGGGGAGGAGUCGACGACGGAGGCUGGCAUUGAAGAGGAGAUAAGAAGAAGAAGACUGCAGAAGUUCGUGCAGGCGCAGACGCAUGCCGGCGGGCAAGACUAG